AUGUCUCAAAACUCAACUCAAAUUGUUUCUAUGUCUUCUACAUCUCAAGGAAAAAUGAGAGUUAAUCGAACUACUAUGGAAAAUAUCCCACAAGAGUUGUUCGAAAGGAUCUGGGAGAUGGCAGAUACUGGAUUGAGUCGGGACGUCCCUGUUAGCUGCAGACUUGUUGGUAACAGCUUCGAGAUCUUUAGUACAGAAGCAAGAUCCAAUAUCACAGCAUUGGGCAUCCAUCGGCGAUCAAGACAAUGGGUCAACACAGAAAACAACGUAGCAAGGCUUUUGCAGAAAGGCGGGCACAGGGGACCUCACACUCAGGUCAAAUCGCUCUAUCUUGAUCCUAGACGUGACCGAAUCUGCCCAAUCAACGAGUCACAAUGGUCAAGAGAAGCCGUUGAGUUUUUCUACUGGGCUGUGAAAGCCAUCGGAGUCGAGCGCAUCGCUGUUAGUGAUUGCUCUCAUACGCUUGGCAUAGACACCAAUGCUCGAGGACCUUGGGCUUCCUUCUACUGGUGGUCUAGUAUCGACAACUGGAGCUUAACUUUCACAGAAACAUUGAUGUACACGACAAAGAUUGAUCUUGACGUGCAUCAAGGAAUAAAAUUUGUCUAUUGGAAUGGAGCUGCGAUCACUCUGGGUCAUCGCGAAAAGAGAACUCGCGAAGGCCAGAGAUUGAAGGCUCGACUUGCAACCCGAAAACUUCAGGUCGCAGAGAAGAAGUAA